AUGGUCUCCACUCGCUUCUUUGCCCUCCUGACGGCAGCCGCUGCCGCUGUCAGCGCUGCCCCGAUCGCCGACCUCGAGCUGCCUACCAAUAUCACCGAGGCGGCCGACCGUGAUUUGCGCAACGGCGAGAUGGUUGUCUUUGGCGCUGAGGGUCGUUCCCACAUCAUCACUGAGGACACUUGGCACCUGCUUCUCAAGACCAUGGACGUCUUGCCCGAGCCCCCUACUAUUGACGAGGAGUGGCUCAAGGCUGCUGAGAACUUCACUGAGAUCCCCGUCAACAUCACCGAGGGCGGGCUCGACAAGCGCGACUGUAACAGCAACUACCAGACCGUCGUUGACCGCACUGAGCGCUUCGUCGACUGGGACGUGCAGAUGUCCCCUGUCGUCAUUGGUGCCGGUAGCAAGGGCAUCGACAUCACCAUCUCCAAGUCCUACUCCAUUGCCAAUACGGUCCAGGUUAGCGCUGGUAUCGACCUUACUCUUAUCAAGGACCGCCUCAAGUCCAGCCUCGGAAUCAACUACUCCCGUACCUGGACUACUACGCAGGGUUACCUCAUCCGCGGAACUGUCGACGAUGGCUACACCGGCGUUGUCAUUACCCGCCCCUGGACUAACCGUCGCUACGGACGCACCUUCCAGGGAUGCGUCGGUAGCCUUCGCCAGACUGGUACCUUCAUGGCUGACUCCCGCGAAGAGGGAUCCUACGAGGGUGUCUCUUGGGUCGGUGGCGCCAUCACUGCCUGCAUCAAGAGACAGCGCUCUAUUCCUCUGACCCGCUGCAACGGAUCUGGCGCCUUCCGUUAA